CCGUAAUGACGUACCUGUACUUGGUCUAGCGUGAGGGCGGGGAGGGGGCAGAGUGUUGUCAGGGCGCAGUGAACCACGUCCCUGACCAGCUCCUGCACCAGGCGCGGCUUCUCCAGGACUAAGGACCCCAUUUCACCUGCAACUCACGAUACGAGUAUGAGCCGGUUUCUUUCUUAAAAUGUCACUCUAAAAUAAAGGGGGAUAAAAAUGACCGGCACUCUAAGGUGUGGAUGUGUGCUUUUGAGCCCCAUCCUGAUUUCCCUGAGAAGACCACAGAUGUCAUUGCGACCUGUGGAUCCAACAGUGUUUGUGUCAUCAAUGUCAAAACCCAAAACGUUGUUGCAAAGCAUUAUUCUAAACAAGCUAAAGAAGACUUUUAUUCGCUAUCAUGGUCCUCCAUUUUCAUUAAGGAUGACUUAAAUAAAACGAAGAAAAAGGGGAACGUUUUGGCAGUGGCUGGACUAAAUUGUGUACUACACAUACUUUAUCCGUCAAGACAAGUUUGUUGUUUAGAACAAAAGUUCAAGAAAUCAUCUUCUGUUUCUAUCAGCUCAGUUCAGUUUCAUCCCUUGUCCACAUCUAUUUUAUGUGGUGCGUUUAGCAGUGGAGAGGUUUACAUAUGGGAUCUAGGAGAGCUCUCGCUCCCUAAUUAUGACAUGAAGCUCUCACAUCUGCACACACUCAGUCUUCAGAGUGAAAUUUUUAAUAUGUCAUUCUCUCGACAUUGUGUGUGUCUUCUAGCAGCCACUGAUAAUGGUGUUGCAGCUUGGUCCCUUGAAUUAAAGGAUGUAAAUGAUGCCAAAUGCAAAAUCAAGGCAUGGAAAUUCAACUUCCCCACAAUGUCUGGGACUCACCAUUCACACGAUGGGCAGUUGGUAGAUUCAGUUGAACCAAUUAAAAAUGGAAAAAUAGUUGCCUCUAAAUGUGCUCUUUAUGGCAGUAUCUAUCUUUGGGAUUUAGAGGAAGCUAUAGAUCACUGUGGGGACAGAGGUCAUACUAAGGUUCAACCUGCUCAUAUCCUAGACUACAGCAAGACUGACAACUAUUUCAUGAGUUUGGGCAGUUCUUUAUUAUCUGGUCUGCUUGCUUGUGGUGAUGAUUUGGGUAACAUUUGGCUGUACGACUUGAAGGAAGUAUUUUCCCAAUCUCUGAAGAAACAAGAACAAUCGGCUGUUAUUCCAUGGCCAGAUGUUGAUGACAAAAGUUCCCAGUGGAUGGUAGAGCUCAAUGAAGUUGUCAUCAACAAAGUAGUGGUAAGCUAUAAUGGAUCAUAUAUAGUAGCUGUGACUAACACAAACCUCAUAUGUGUUUGGAAGAAAGAACGUGCUUGAGUAUACGUAUGUAUCUCAGGCCUUGGCUAUGCCUAAAUCUUUAAAAUUGUGAGUUUUAAAUGCUAUGAUCUGCAUUUGUUGAUUGUCUGUUUUUGAUUUGUUUUAUGUUUUUUUAUGUUACCACUGCAUGUGUGGUAUAUUUCUGUCUGAAUACCCUUAUUACCAAUUAUGAUGAUGAAAGUUUUAAUCAUGAACUUUACAAUUUGCCCAUAUUUAUAUUUUCAAUCUUGUACCACCCCACUGUAUCAAAAAAAAUAAAAAUAUAAACAGAUUAAAUGCUA